AUGUGCGACGGUGAAACGCCCCUACUCUACCUAGAAGAUGGACGUCGAGUCGCUUUAGGCAUUGCGACGAGGAUCACUAUCUUUUAUAUAACAGUGCAAGUUUACCCCAGACACGCUUUUAAUAUAACGUUAUAUUAAUAACAAACUUAUGUUGCUGAAUUUUCCAGAACAUUUUUAUUCAUCACUGUCAGUAUAUUUUUCUUUCUAGCUAGCAUUACGGAGUCAAUUGACGUUAGCUUGCCUGCUAACGUAGCUAGCCAGCUAACGUUAGUUAAUUUUUUCCGCUUUAACUAACGUCAGUGAGCUAGCUAGCUAACUUGUCAAUAACUAAGUUGACGCAUUGUCAUCACUAUGAUCGUAACAGGUAGGUAGCACUGCUUAAGGCUAGCUACUUAUCUUUCACGUUAGACUAACUAAUAGCUAGUUCAAAGAAUUUGCUAGCUACUGAAGUUGCGUUAUUCACAGGCGGCGCUAGCUGGUCACCGUAGUAACUACCUAGCUAUGGCAUCCAGGCGAGGAAAUUGUAAUAGCGGCGUGGAUUCUCCGUUGAGUAUCAAUAGCACAACCGGUGGUCCUAAUCGUAAACAAAGUAUAAUCAACACCCCAAACAGAUCUGGGACUACUCCUUGUUAUGAUCGUAAAGUAGGGAAGGCUGAGUAUGGGCACCAAGCAUGCCAGGGCAACAUGACUGUAUCCUCACUGAAGACACGUCUAGCCCCGACCAUUCAAACCACGUUAACCGCUGCUGUAGAUACCCUCUUGGGCGAGGUAGUACUUGUACUCAACGAGACCCAACAAGAGCUGGUUAACAAGGAGCAGGAGAACGAAAGACUCAAAGUGGAAUUGAGGACGUUACAGGAAUGCCUUAGCAGCGCCCAAAAGUUAAUCGACCAGUUGCAAAUUCCUUUCCCCGGUGCACAGACCAUGGGUCAAUCGGUUUUUGCCCCGUCUCUCACAUCUAUUGGCUCUAUGACCACAGCUAUGGACAGGGACCGCCAGAGCAAUCGUAAUGUGAACGGUGCGGACGGCCGGUGUGUUUCCGGGGUCGACCUAGAGAUGGGUGGCUCUCUCAGUGAGUCUCUGCAUGGUUAUAACUCCAGGGAUGACUAUAAAAUGUGUCAGCUCUCAAUCCAAUCAGAUGGCUCUGUGACCAACCAUUCUAUGGACUCCUAUGCUGCCAACACACCUAACAUCUGCUCUGACCCCAGCCGGCCAGAUGAGAGGCGGCAGCAGCAGGGGACCCAAGCAGUAGGACCAAGGUUUGAGAUCAAAGAAGAGCAAGGGCCUGGUCCAAGUUCAGGUCCAGGGCAGACCUGCAGUAGAGGGGCAGGGCUGAGGAGUGCCGGGGGUGCUGGUGGUGGUGGUGGUGGUGGUGAGCAGACUGCCCCGAAUGUGGAUGAUCUGGGAUACAUCCAUGUGGUGGAGCAAGAGGGGUCAUCACGCUCCAGCAGCUACUCUCUCCGCCAACCAAAACCCAUGCGGCCACCUGCUGCUACCUUUGGUCCGGCUCAGGGGGGACAGGCAGGACAGAAAGUGGAGUUGAGGUCCCCUGGAGCAGUAGGAAGUGACAGCAUGUCCCCAGGUAGGGCAGGAGGGGCAGCAGGACCAUCCACCUCUCCAGGAGACCCAGAUGCAGAUCGCCCCCACCAUUGUCUGGAGUGUGGGAAGACCUUCCGCCUCAUCUCCAGCCUGAAGAAGCACAUCCGCAUCCACACGGGAGAGAAGCCCUACCCAUGUGGGGUGUGUGGCCGACGCUUCCGGGAGUCGGGGGCCCUGAAAACCCACCUUCGCAUUCACACCGGCGAGAAGCCCUACUCCUGCUCUGAUUGCCCUAAAAUCUUCCGCCACCUAGACGGCCUGCGCAAGCACCAGCGCACCCACACUGGUGACAAGCCCUACGUGUGUGCCAUCUGUGGCAAGCGUCUGAGCCGACUGCAGCACCUGAAGCACCACCAGCGCAUCCACACCGGAGAGAAACCCUGCAGCUGCCCCUUCUGCAACCGCACCUUCAAGGAGCCUGCGGCGCUGCGCAAGCAUGUCCGCACUCAUCGUGAGGAGUCUGGCAACAUGGAGGCAGGCGUGGGAGACGACCCGGACCCAGAAGCCCUGGACAACAUCAACAGCCUCCACCCUGCUGCCCCCUCCCCUCAGAUGAGGUUUGAUGAGUGGGGAGCUGAAGGGGAUGAUGUGGACUGUGUGUAGGAUGGGCUCAUCCUUCUGUCUACUGCCUACAGCAUUAGAACGCGACCUUGAAAGAGUCUUCCUAUUCCAUUACUGUACUGUGUGAGAAAGCCUCCGUUCCUUUCCUGAGAAACAGGCUAUCUACAUCCUUAGUGUUGUCCAGUGACCAGGGUAGCCUAUUGUUUUCAGAGACACUUCAUUUGCCUGUCUGACCCUCUGCCACAUCUAUCAUUUAGUGCUUUAUAAUCUUAGAAAUGUGAAAGUAUUUUAUACAAUAUGAAAUGUACCUAUGUAUCAUGUCCCCCUUUCUCUCGUUGCUAAUUACCUUCCUAUACAACUCCCAACAACCUACCUAAACUGUGUUUGAAUACUCAUACUAAACAUACUAUUUGUGACAUAAAUUGAGUAUGUAUUAUGCUUAUUGUUAUAGGUAUGGAUAUAAUUAAAUGCCUAAAGU